AUGAGCCCAGUUCCAGCCUGGCCUGCCAGCUUCCAACUCUGUGGCUGCACCGCCUCCCAGCCCAACGCAGAGGCUGGCAACAUUAACUCCUUCUGCUCAGCACCUCCACAGCUUGGCCUGAGGACGCCCCCCGAAAGGACAAAAACAGUAGCUCCCGCUCUGAAGAUGACAUUUGCCAUGCUGCGCACGGCUCCUCCCGCAGGCCGCUUCCUGUACGGCGACAUCGCUCUCCUGUCGGAGGACGAGGACGAGAACGGCAGCGAGGGCUCCGGCUCCGAGGAGCGGAGCACCGGCUCCUCCAACGCUUUCCGCCUGUCUUCGUCCUCGCCAUCUGCCUUUCACAUCAAAGUGAACAGGAAGAGGAAGAUGUGCGGAGGGGGCGGAGGGGGCGGAGGGGGCGGAGGGGGCGGAGGCAUGGGGGGCAUGGCAGCCAGACUGGGCCCCCCAGGUUCAUCGCCCCCCGUGGAAAUUCGUCAGAGGACCGCGGCCAACGCUCGGGAGAGGGACCGCACCAAUUCUGUCAACACGGCGUUCACGGCGCUGCGCACACUCAUCCCCACCGAGCCGGCCGACAGGAAGUUGUCGAAGAUUGAGACGCUACGCCUGGCCAGCAGCUACAUUAGCCACCUGGGGAACGUGCUGCUUCUGGGCGAAGGGCUCCACGACGGACAGCCGUGCCACGCUCCCUCACCGCCCUUCUUCCACGUCAGCUCCUCCCCCGGCCGGGGAUCCGACCAAUCGGCCCAGCCCAAGCACAUCUGUACCUUCUGCCUCAGCAACCAGAGAAAAAUGGUGAGCAAAAAAGGCUCCGAGAGAAGUCGGUUGAAGAAGGUCAGGCCAAAAAUAGUGUUUAUAAGGCACACUCUCAUAAAACAGAAGAGUUCCUGCCUUCCCCUAAACCUGAACAACAGAAAAUGUGAUAAUGAUAAUCAGCAAACCUUCCGUCUCCAUUGA